AUGCAGUAACAAGGCUCAACAAGAAGCUGGUGAGCUCAUCUAGUAUUUGGCUUCUAGGCUCCCUUCCCGUCGCACCUACAGUAGAUAAGCUCCCUUACUUGGAUUGUGGCCUGUCUACAGUCUUCGGGGAACCAAACCAAUUCCCUCAAAGUCAUCAGAACCUGGAAAGCAGGCAGUGAACUGAGAUAUGGCAAAGCCACACCAAGCAGAUGCUACUCUGACAAGUUUCUUGGUUCCCUUCAUCUUCCUGCAGCUCCUGGCUUCUGGGAACGGAAAAUCAGAUUUCCGUGUCCUUGGACCUCCUGACCCACUUCUGGCCAUAGUCGGGCAAGACAAAGAGUUGCCUUGCAAACUGUCACCCAACAUUAGCGCCGAGGGCAUGGAGUUGAGGUGGUACAGGAACAGGCCCUCCCAAGCUGUGUACGUGUACAAGAAUGGGGUGGACAUGCAUGAAGAGCAGAUGGAGGAAUACAGGGGAAGGACCACGUUCAUUGGCAACCAUAUGGCCAGGGGAGAGGCCUCUGUGAAGAUACACAACAUCACCAUAUUUGAUAAUGGGAUUUAUCACUGUGUCUUCAAAGAACACACAUCCCACAGCCAGGCCACCCUGUGGCUGAAGGUGGCAGCAUGGGGCUCAUCACCCAGAAUCCAAGUGGCUGACAGCCAUGACAGAGGCAUACAGGCGGUGUGCAUCUCAUCAGGCUGGUUCCCAGAGCCGGAGGUCCAGUGGCUGGACCUCAAACGACAGCCAGUGCCUGCUGAGACUCACGUCUUGGCUUCAGCCCCUGACAUUACUGUGGCAUCCUUUGUGACUCUCCAGGACAGGGCUGUGGAGGGCCUGACUUGCUCCAUCUCCAACCCCCUCCUCCCUGAGAAGAAUGUGACUACGACUUACCUGCUUGACUCCCCGAGGAGAAGGCCUCUGUCGAUGGAAAGGGGAUCGUCUCUGCCCUUCAUCCUCACAGUACUGGGGCUAGUCUUGGCAGCAAUCGCCUGUGCCUUUGGGAAACAUUACAAAGAAAAGCAUAAAACAAGUCAGGAAGAAGAAGAUCCAGGAGCUGGUGAUGAGGCUGAGUCCUUCCAUGUGAGUCUGUCCCUAGACCCUGAGACAGCCAGUCCCAAACUCAUGGUGUCUGAGGAUCAGAAAAGUGUGAAGCGGCUGCUAUUUGAUCAGGACCUGUACCCCGAUUCCAGAAGAUUUGAACAAGACCCCUGCAUCCUGGCCCAAGAACGGUUUGAGGCAGGGAGACAUUACUGGGAAGUGGAGGUUGGGGACAGGAGGGCCUGGAUCGUGGGUGUGUGUCUGGAGAGUUUGGGAUGGGAAGGAAGGAUCCCCAAGUCACCCCAGCAUGGCCUCUGGGCACUGGAGUUUUAUAAGAAGAAACUCCAGGCCCUCUCCUACCCCAGGACUUGCCUGUCUCCUCCAGAGCCCCUCCGGCGGGUAGGCAUCUCCUUAGACUACGAGGCGGGAGAGGUUUCCUUUCACAAUGCCACCAAUGGCUCCCUGAUCUAUUCGUUCUCUGGGCUGUCCUUUUCUGGUCCCCUACAGCCAUUCUUCUGCCUCUGGACCCACGACCCCAAGCCCCUGACCAUAUGCUCAGUGGUCAGAGAGAAUGAAGAAGACACAGAAUUCUCUGGGGGUCCUUGAUCUCCCCGGGGACUCCUGGGGUGUCCUUAGGAGAGAGAGGCUCCUCCCUUCUUACUCACCUGGCUCCUGGUACAGUCAUUCCUUUCCCAUGUAAAAAUAUGGCAAGACACCAGGGGCUUGAUAUGCUCCCUCUGCCAAAUUGCUGUGCUGAAUGCUGACACCCCCAGGACAGGAGGAUGGAUUUCUGAAGAUGUUGUAAUUUGGAGAUGAGGCAUUGAGAUUGAGAUUAAAGGAAGUCAGUGAUGUACCUACCUUACCCCACAGAUCUGGUGUUCUUGUAAGAUUGGAGAUGGGGACUUAGAGAGGUGCCACUCACUAGCCAAGGAGACCAGUAAUGCCCUGGUCUCACAUUUCUAAACCCUGAGACUGAAAGCUGUUCCUGCUGAGUGAGAAUCCUACGAAUCUCCUGUGCUGAGGUACUUAGUCAUGGCUGUCCUCCCUCAGUGAGGAAAACCGCACAAUAAUCACACCAGGGACUGUUUUGCUGUGUUCUUAGAGUCCUAUGUAUAUAGAAUAUAUGUAUGUAUGUAGAAUGUCCAGGGCUGGUUGUGUUGUGGCUGCACAGUAAAUUGCAGUCUUAACCUCUUCUUUCUCUUCCUCCGUCAUGUUCAUCUUUCUCUUGUCCACUUUUCUUUCCUCUCCUCCUCACUUUCCUCCCCCUCCUUCCCACCUUCUCCCCCUUCUCUUUCUGUUAAGUGAUUUUACUAUUAAUUUUUAACUAUGUGGAUGUGUGUGUUUGUGUACAUGAAUGCAGUGCCCACAGAGGCCAGAGGACAACAUCUAAUCUCACAGAACUGGAGUUCCAGCGGUUGUGAGUGGACAGAUGAAGGUGCUAGACAGAGCUUAGGUCUUCUGCAAGAGGAACCAGGGUUCUUCAUCAUAAACCAUCUCUUCUCUUUGUCCUCCUCUUCCAAUCGCUUUCUGCCUUAAAUCUCUCUCUCUCUCUCUCUCCCUCUCUUUCUCUCUCUCUCCCUUGCUAUGAAAGACUAGUUCAAGCCACACAAAGGCAAAGAUCCCAAGAUUCCUAAGACUUUGGUCAGAGUUCAGUGAGGACAGAAGCCACAUCCGUAUUGACAGAGAAAACAGAUGAGAAGUGGGUGUUAAUGGACACUUGAGAACACAAAACAAGAAUACAGACAUGCAUGGAACCAGCUUUCGGCUCCCUGGGAUUCGUCGGCUCCAAGACUGUGGGCAGAAAGAGCUGAGGGUGUUGGAUGCUGUUCUGUGGUGCUGGUACCAUGGUGCUGAGAAAAUGCAUUUGUCUAGUGAAGCUGGUGGUCCCAAGAGAAACAGAGUCACACUGUCCCCAGACCCAACAUUUCCUCUUGCUGCUUGUUCCAUGUUCGAGCGGGGAUACGUUUGUGUGAUCUGUGUGGUGUUCAGGACCCCAAUCAAGGAGGACUGGGGCUUAAGGUUAAGCGCUCCGGCCUAAAAGCCACUAGUGACUCUUCCCACCACAUUUUGGAGACCAGAAACCAAAAACUGAAAUGUUGGCGGGGUUGGCUGCCCCAGGAUUCCUGGGAAAACCUAAACCAGGCCUCCCACUCCAUGCCUGGAGGAGUCCAACCCUCCCUGGCCGCAGGAGCAUAGCUGCAAAUGUUGCCCUGUCGUUGCACGACCUGCUCUUCUCCGUGCCUCUCUUUAAAAUCUUCCUCUUAGACACACAAUCCAACUCAGAAUCCACUUUAACCCAGGCUGACUCCACCCUGCUGUUGGUAACUUGGUUGCAUCUGCAAAGACCUUUUUCUGCAAAUGAUGCCAGUCACAGACGGGAGAGUCUGGGACUCCCGUAUAUCUGGGGAACACACAACCUGCCAUAGUGGGUUGGACUUGAAAGAUCCUGGCAGAAUGGUGGGCAAAUCUCUGGGAGGGGGGCUUGGUUUAGAAUGCCUCCUCAGACUGAGGAGAUCAUUGUCCAUAAUAGUCUCUGUAUGUGUGAGAGAGACAAGGUCCUCACAGACAGAUGAAGACCACCUAGUGUUUUGGGUUCACAGUCGAAGGCAGUUAUAAUUAGUCAGUGGAUUAGCAAGGAAAUGUCACAAGUGCAGGUGGCCCCUGAGCUAGGCUUUGGAGAGAGGCUGGCAUUUUUAUAGAAAGAAAUGGGAGAAGAGAGGAGACUGAAUAAAAGACCUCUGUCCUCACCACCUACACAUUACAGUUUUUCAACCUUUUGGUGGUAAUAGUUUAACUUUUUUCCAGCUUUAUCAGUGUGAUAUUUAUAUGUAACAAAUUUGCUAGGUUUAAAAAAAAAAAGAGUUGGGGCUGGAGAGAUGGCUCAGAGGUUAAGAGCACUGGCUGCUCUUCCAAAGGUCCUGAAUUCAAUUCCCAGCAACCACAUGAUGGAUCAUAACCAUGUAUAAUGAGAUCUGGUGUCUUCUUCUGGCGUGCAGGUGUACAUGCAGAUAGAACAAUGUCUAUAUAAUAAAUAAAAGAUUAAACAAAAAGAAAAGAAAGUUAUGUGUAGAGCAGAGAUCCACCUGCCUCUGCUCCCAGCUUCUGGGUGUGUGCCACCACUGCCCAGCUAGAGGUUCUUUGGGGAGUUUUUUUGUUUGUUUUUGUUUUUGUUUUUAAAUUUAAGAUUUAUGUAUUUUAUGUAUAUGGGUGUUUUGUCUGCAUGUAUGUGUGCACACCAGACAGUUGUGCAUGCCUUUAGUCUCAGGAGGCAGAGAUCAAGCAAUACCAGCCUGAUCUACAGAGAAGGUUCCAGGACAGAGAGGGAACAAAAAAUUAAUGUCUCUCUCUCUCCUCUCUCUCUGUGUGUGCAUGCGCGUGCACACACAUACACAUGUGUUCCCUCCCUCCCUCAUGGAGGCCAGAAUAGGGCACUGGAUUCCCUCACAGCCACACUUAAGGCAUUUGUGAGCUGCCCAACAUGGAUGCCAGAGACUGCACAGCUGUUCUUAAUGAGGGAGCGGCGGGUGCUUAAUCAGCUUCAAGCCUUCUUGUUUGAAGACUACAGCACGGUGAACGUUGGUCAUCAUGUACAGUCGUGUAGCAGCACCAGUCAUAGAUGAGUCUUUGUCCAUAAAAGUUCUCUUGGACUUGCUGGAACUUGAUUCCCAUCAUGGCCCUACUCCAGGUUGCCACCGAUCCUGUAGAGUUUUGUUUUGUUUUGCUUUUCCCCUCUCUCAUUCUUGGACUUAUUUUGAAGUCAGUCCAUUUAAAUUGUGGAGUGUUACUGAUACAAUUAAAAACUUUUGUUUUCUCUUGGUGUUUUAUUUGAUAUAUCUAUACAAUGAUUCCUCUUAACUGUACUGGAAUUUAAAAUAAAUGGAGUCAUACUAUAA